UGGGGUUAAAAACAUGAAUCCCUGAAUGUCACCAUACGAAUUACGAAGACGUCAAUGUGUUUUCUUUGAAGAAGCAAUGGCUGCCAUAACAGACUGUUUUACAUUAGGAAGUGUUGUUUGGUGCCGAACUUGUUGCAAUACAGAAUUUGAAGGUGAAGUGCUGUCCUUUGACUCAAACUCAAAAAUCCUCAUAUUAAAAUGUUGUUCAUCAAAUGGAGAUCCAAAAUUGAAUGACAUUCAUUUCAUAAAUUUAUCCCUAGUAAGUGAAUUACGAGUAAAGAGGGAUUCAAUAUCUCCACCAGAACCUUUACAAUCACUAAAUAUAGAAAGAAUAAGUAUUAGGUUAAAGAAUCAAGUAGAAGAAAAAAGAAGGAUACUUCAGGCAAAAUCUACAAAUGCAUCUACCGAAGGCCAGAGUGUAUUCAUAGCCAUUGCCAAAGUAAUUGAUGAAAUUAGUUGGAAAAAUUCUGAAAUAGUUGUUUGGAAUCAAGAGGCUUUUCAGGUUAUAAUCAGUCCACCAUACCAGCUUGAAAAUAUUAAAGGAGACCCAAAUAAUAAAGGAUUCAAUUACAUAAAGAAAGUGGUUGAGAAGCACUGGAACGACUAUUCCCAAAGUAGCACACAGAAUUGUGUUCAAUCAAAUUCUAAUGCUAAUUAUAAAUAAAACAUCAGCAAAUUUGAA